AUGGGCACGCGUUACGAGAACGUGGCACAAGCGUGGUGCCCAUCCGGAUCUGACCUGUGGAAGGCGAAAUGUGGCACAGAAACGGCCCAAAAGUUGAGGUUGUAUCCCAAUCAUACGCACCGUGCCGUGUGCUAUCGAAUUGCUUCCUCCGGGACUGGCGCGCUCAUGUAUCACGAAUGGGACGUGUCCAGUGUCCGGUGGAUCAUCAGAUCAAACCAGGGGAGAGGGGGGAGCCUGGGCUUGGGUUCUUUGGGUUCUUCCCCCGGCCUGGGAGCGCAGUCUGGAGGGUGUGGGGAGCACGAGGAGGAGGCUCGGGGGGAUCAUGGAGCGCGCACGGACACGGGUGAGGGAAGGCGCGGAGACGGCUGCCAGUCUCGGUCGCUUGUGGAGCCUCGGUCGCUGCUGCCUCGUUGCUCGCCCCCGCUUUGUUUUGACGAGAUGCAAAGCGCGCGUGCACGUGGCUGCGAGCGGCACGUGCACGCGCCUGGGGUUGUAUUAUUUGUUCUGCUUUUUCAAACGAUUUGA